AUGAACCGUGCUAUCCUUUCUUUGGCUAAAAACCAGCAAUUCAUCCGUCGCUCGCUCCACAAGGGUGUCGAUUCGACCCCGCCUCUUCGCUUCACCUCGAUCAGCGAGAAGGUAUUGAUCACAAUCAUUUCCGUAGAUUUUAAGACAAUCUCAGAUCGCCCUCUACGGAUUCAUCUGUGUGGCGUUCUUGGGGUACCCGACUUCUGUGCUCUUCAGACUUGACAGUCUCCGCCCAAGACCGGACAACGCUCUUGCUCCAGAGGUCCAGGAAGAGAUCGACGCUCGUGUCGCCGCCCGCAAACAGUAG